AUGGCGGAAGAAGAGGCCAUCGAUCUGCAGCAAGAUCGGCAACCGAUGACGCCAGCGCCCGAGCUUGUCGUCGAAGAAGCGGCCACGGUCGUCAAGAAGCCCCACACGAUCAAGCGUCUACUGCUUGGCGACAGCAGGUUGCGACCGCUGCGCCUCAAAGACGAGCACGACGUGGCGCUGCAGAUUUGGGACACGGCCGGCCAGGAGCGUUUCCACCGCAUCACCUCCAGUAGGCGCCUCUCGCUAAUCGUACUUCGAGAAAAAGGCACGAGCGGCAGCAUCCUCGUCGACGACUCGCCGACGAGUGACAACAAUCGACGUGCCGAUAACGUGCAAUAA